AUGUUUUUUAUUGAUGGACCUGGUGGUUCUGGUAAAACACAUCUCUACAACGUACUGAUAGAUACUCUCGAAUCCGAAGGUUAUGUUGUCUUGUCAUUUGCUCCAACAGGAAUUGCUGCUGCAUAUCUGAAGAAAGGAAAAACAUUUCACUCGGGUUUUAAACUACCUUUUCAUAUUUAUGAAGACUCAGAAAAUCUUAUUGCGCCAGCUUCUGAUGAAGCUUUAUUUCUAAAAGUGACAGAUGUUAUUUUAAUUGAAGAAAUAUCAAUGGUACACAAAGAAAUAUUGAGAUGUAUUGAUACAUUGAUGAGACAAAUUCCCUUUGUUGCAUACCCAGAUCGAAACUUUUCGCGAUUUCUAUUUGGUGGAAGAAUUGUGGUUGUGGGUGGGGAUUUCAGACAAAUACUUCCUGUUAUUCCAAAUGGUACUAAAACUGAAGUUAUCCACAAUUAUGUGAAAAAUAUUUUUCUUUGGAAAUUGUUCGAAGUGCAUCACCUUUCAACAAACAUGAGAAGUAGAGGAUAUAAUACUUUUAAUAAAUGGCUUCUUGAUAAUGGAAAUAAAACAACAGGAUAA